CUCCCUCUCUCUCCUUUUUAAUCCAACAAGUAAUGCGUUUACACAACCGCCCGAAGACAUUUUUUGAAGUAAAGAUUCAUUUGCUCUUCAGUAUUGGCAUGUGCCUCAACGCCGGCUCUAAUAAUCGAUUUGUUGCAGGCUGUUAGGACGUCAUGACAGCCGAAAAGACUAUUCCCAUUAUAAAUGGCAAAGCGGACGACGCGAUGGACGCCGAGGCUUCGAACACCAACCUGGUACGCAGCAACGACAAGAAAGUGGUGAACGAGAGAGGACAGUGGAACAAUAAGAUUGAGUUUGUGCUGUCAGUGGCCGGAGAGAUUAUCGGACUUGGCAACGUGUGGAGGUUCCCGUACCUUUGUUACAAGAACGGAGGAGGUGCUUUCUUUGUGCCUUAUGUCAUCUUCUUCGUCUGCUGUGGGAUCCCUGUCUUCUUCCUGGAGACAGCACUGGGCCAGUUCACCAGUGAAGGGGGCAUCACAUGUUGGCGAAAAGUGUGCCCACUCUUUGAAGGUAUCGGAUAUGCAACCCAAGUCAUUGAAGCUCACCUGAAUGUCUAUUAUGUGGUCAUAUUGGCAUGGGCGAUCUUCUACCUGGUCAAUUGCUUCACAACGGAACUACCCUGGGCCGCCUGUGGCCAUUAUUGGAACACAGAAAACUGUGUGGAUUUCAACAAUGCCAGCAUCGCAAACCUCAGCAACCCUUACGCCACCUCGCCCGUCAUGGAGUUUUGGGAGCGCCGUGUCCUCAGUAUAUCCGGUGGAAUUGAGCAGGUUGGGAAGCUGCGCUGGGAGCUUGCCCUGUGCCUGCUUGUGGCUUGGAUCAUAUGUUAUUUCUGCAUAUGGAAAGGCCCAAAAUCAACUGGCAAGGUGGUUUAUGUCACUGCUACCUUCCCUUACUUCAUGCUGGUGAUCCUGCUUAUUCGCGGGAUCACACUGCCUGGUGCUGCAGAUGGAAUUAAGUUCUACCUUUACCCUGAUAUCUCUCGGCUCUCGGACCCACAGGUUUGGGUGGACGCUGGAACUCAGAUCUUCUUUUCCUAUGCUAUCUGUCUGGGUUGUCUGACCGCUCUUGGAAGCUACAACAGCUACAAUAACAACUGCUACAGGGACUGCAUCAUGCUGUGCUGUUUGAACAGCGGCACAAGCUUUGUGGCAGGCUUCGCAAUCUUCUCCGUCUUGGGCUUCAUGGCAUAUGAACAGAAUGUGCCGAUUGAGGCUGUGGCAGAGUCGGGACCUGGUCUUGCCUUCAUUGCAUAUCCUAAGGCUGUAACCAUGAUGCCCUGGGCUCCUCUGUGGGCCUGCCUCUUCUUUAUGAUGCUCAUCUUUCUCGGCCUGGACAGUCAGUUUGUGUGUGUGGAAAGUCUUGUGACUGCAGUGGUGGACAUGUACCCCAAAACCUUCAGAGUGGGCUACCGUCGAGAGCUGCUCAUCUUAGGGAUGUCUGCGGCCUCUUUUUUGUUGGGUCUAACCAUGUUGACAGAGGGUGGGAUGUAUGUGUUCCAGCUGUUUGACUCUUACGCUGCCAGUGGUAUGUGUUUGCUAUUUGUGGCCAUCUUUGAGUCCAUCUGCAUCGGGUGGGUCUACGGCAGCGACAAGUUUUAUUUGAACAUUGAGGACAUGAUUGGUUACAAGCCCAUAUUCUUCAUCAAGUGGUGUUGGAAGAUCCUUACCCCCGGCAUCUGUUCUGGUAUAUUCCUCUUUUUCUUGAUCAAGUAUAAGCCUCUGAAAUAUAACAACGUCUACACCUAUCCAGACUGGGGCUAUGGGAUUGGGUGGACGAUGGCCUUGUCCUCGAUGGUCUGCAUUCCUCUGGGCAUUAUAGUCCAGAUCUGGAAAACGGAAGGAACCUUCAUGGAGAGAAUCAAGAAGCUCACCACUCCCAGCUCUGAUCUGAGGAUGAGAGGGCAGCUCGGUGCCAAGAGUCCGUACGCCAUCAACGACGCUGAUGCCAAAAUGAGGGCGGACGGCAAGAUCUCCACCAUCACAGAGAAGGAGACACAUUUCUAAACCAGUACCUACCAAGACACAGUCACAACCACCAAGAAAGAAAAGAACUUAAAGCUUGCCUUUAUUUUUGAAGAGAGAAAAUUAUUGUCACAUUCUUAGUCUUGCCCUUUUUGCACAAACGAUUAACACAUCCAUCACAAGUUAACAUUAUUAUUAAAAUGUUUUGUAUCAGAGUAUAUCAAAAUCUAGACUGUUAAAAGGUGAUCUUGUAAUUUGUUGCUAUUUGUGACACUAGUUUUUACUGUACUUAGACUGAAGCCAAGGUGAAAUGUGCUGUAAAAUGUUUCUACAUUUUGUCUCUUGGCAUUAUUCUGUAGAGAACGUUUCUAAUGUGUAGAACCAUUUUGGACCAUUCCAAAUUUUGCAGGUAUGUUUGUAGAGGAUUCUUAGAGGCGAAGGGUCAUCAGACAUUAAUGUUAACCCUGGCUGUGGUGUAUUUCUCUGUCCUUUUGGCUGACAUUGCCUCACAGGACGAGCAUGACGAGUUUAAUCGAACCUGACAGACUGAACACAAUUCCUCACUUUUGCUAUUUUAUCUUGGCUGGUUGUCCAGAUAGCCAUCUUGACUCAUUCUUUAGGUCAGUAAAUGUCUUGUCCUUUUACUGUUAUACUGUAGUGGUGACUUCACACUGUCAGUGUUACAAGGGCAGUUUGCUGAUAAGCUGGUGGCCCAAGGGUGGUUGUUCGUAAAGAAGAUGAAAAGAAAGGUCAGCAAAUAUUCAGAAUAUGGAUGCUAUGUAGAUUUAAUUGAUUUGUCAGUGCUGGAACCAUGUUAAGUGAAAAUGGGCCUUAAGAUAGAUGUCUGAAGGUAAGUAGGUUGUAAUUGAGAUCUAUUAGAAAGGGUUUAAACCUUCCAUACUUUGUUGGACUGCCUAACACACUAGCAGCUAUUAUACAAAAAUGAUACCAGCUGUUUUGAGAUAUUUGAGGAGGAGAUUUUGUCAUUGAUGCCUAAGUAGUAGGAUUUAGACUGGAAACAUAGAACAUAGAUUUCUAAUUAAAUAACGGUAGGUGUAGCUAGUGUAUUGACCUCAUUAAGCCAAGAGUAAACCAAGUGUUGAUUAAGGAGAGGUGAAGAGAGAGUUCUGUCAAGAUUCCUGGGAUGGGACCCAGCUAUUUCAACACUGUAGAAGUACUUUUAUCCAGUUGUCUUGAAUCCACUGUGAACCCUGUGCACAUGCAUGUACAUUUUUGGUAUGGUCUGUUUUCAUCAUGACAUUGUCAAAAGUGUUUCUCGGAAAACCUUUGAUAUGUCGUUCAACAUUGUGUUUAUAUAAAGAUUUAGAGACAUAAUGCAAAUGUUAUAUGUGCUGUUUACACAGAUUUUGGUAUUCACAGGACAUAAGAAUGAUCUGCUUACUCAUUUUUAAAAAUAAAAGUUAAAAAGAAA